AUGGCAGAAGAAGAAGAGAGCCACAGCUCUACUCCGCGGUCCUUCGCUGGUCAAAGCGUCUCCGCGGAGGAGAUGCUCAAGGAGCAAACCGUCGGUCUCGUUCACUUGUCCGACUUUCGCAAACGACGCGCGGAGGUUUUAGAGCAGAAGGAGCGCGAGGCGCAUGACAAGUCGCUAGGACGACUAGCAUCUGGUAAUUCAAGAAGCGCAACCCCUUCUGCAGGAGAAGUGACUGACGGGUCACCGUCCCCCCGGACUGACGCCCCUCCAAAGAAGAAGAAAAAGAAGGCCUUCGCGAAAAGCAAACUCUCCUUCGGUGACGACCAGGAUGAUACAGGGGAGGAAUCUGCGGCGACCCCACGCGACUCGAGCGUUUCACGGUCAAGUUCGAAAACACCUGCGGAUGAUAACGCUCCACGACGCAUGAAGGCCAACCCGAAUGCACCCCCUCCUCCCAAAGCUUUGACCAAGGCAUCGCUAGAAGCUGAAGCGCUGGCGCGCGAGACUCUCCGCAAAGAGUUCUUAGCCAUGCAGGAGGCUGUCAAGAAUACCGAGAUCCUAAUUCCAUUUGUCUUCUACGAUGGGACCAGUAUACCAGCUGGGUCAGUUAAAGUCAAAAAGGGUGACCAUGUUUGGUUGUUUUUAGAUCGUUGCCGCAAGGUUGGCGCGGAGAUGGGCGUCCGUGGUGCCAAUGGCGCAUCGAGCGCAAAGAAAGACAAUCGCCGAGAAUGGGCACGCGUCAGUGUUGAUGACUUGAUGCUUGUCAAGGGCGAAGUUAUUGUUCCUCAUCAUUACGAAUUCUAUUACUUCAUCGCCAACAAAGUACCGAGUUUCUCACGCGAUGGCGGUCUCCUUUUCGAUUACUCUGAUAAGCCUCCCGCUACAGAAGCACCAGAUGAUCCGCUGUUCAGACCUAGUGACGACAGUCUGGAGGGCGCCGAUAAAGACUUCUCAGAGACCAAGGUCGUAGAUCGACGGUGGUAUGAGAAAAACAAGCACAUUUACCCAGCCAGUCUGUGGCAUGAAUAUGAGCCUGGGAAAGAGUUCCAAGAGAAGAUGACUUCGACACGGCGGGAUGCCCAGGGAAACACAUUCUUCUUCUAA